UUAUUUCGUCGUCUUCUUCCUUGGUUCCUCGUCCUUCCGAUCGGAUUGCUCGUGCGAGGACUCGGUUGAAGAUGGGGAGGAUCCUUCGUAGCUGCCUGCAAUCUAUUCUGAAGAUGGUCAACUCGGUGGGCGGACUUGUCGGGGUGGCGUUCAUCCUCUAUGGCCUCUGGAUGAUGAGGAUCUGGUACCGCGAAUUCCAUUCCGAUCCAACGCUGCCAUGGUUCAUUUACACCUCCCUUGGGCUAGGAGUUUCUUUGUGUUUAAUAACAUGCUUUGGUCAUAUUGCUACAGAAACAUCUAAUGGCCACUGCAUUACUUUUUACAUGGUUUUAAUCUCAUUGCUUGUUAUGUUGGAGGCUGCAAUAACUGCAGAUAUAAUUCUGAACAAAGAUUGGGAGGAGGAUUUUCCAGAUGACACAACUGGGAGAUUUAAUGAGUUUAAGAAUUUUAUUAGGUCAAACUUGGAGUUGUGCCAAUGGGUUGGUUUAACUAUAGUGACUGCUCAGGGAAUGUCCAUCUUCUUGGCCAUGAUUCUCAAGGCUCUCAGUCCAAACAGUGGAAGCUCCUAUGACAGUGAUGAUGAUUCUAUGAAUGCAAGGCUUCCCCUCUUAAGGAACCAGGUUCAGCAAGGAGCAACAUAUGUUUGUGACCCUCAUGUUCCAUAUAAGAGUGACUCUUGGAAUCUUCGGUAAUCUCAGAAGUUAGUAUCUAUUGAAAUUUCCAGAAGCUCAUGGUCAUAACCAAGAGUGGAACGAAGAUGAUAUCACUAUCCCGUGUAGGCAACUCUAUGUUUGAGAUAUGGCCCUGUUGAACUAUUGCGUGUUAUGUUGUAUGUUGAUUGUGGUUUAUAUGUAUAAUUUGGUUCACAAUGUACCCCUUGUGCAUAUAUGGACUUUCAUAUUGUUUCAAAACUUUAGUGCUAUUUAAUCUUCUAAACUGAUGUUGUUAAGUA